AUGGCUGCUGGGCCUGUGACGAAUGUAUCGCCCCCCGCCGCCUCUCUACUAUGUGAUAAUUCCGAACGCUGCGGCCGCGCCACCUGGGAUCUGCCAGGGACGGACUCAUGUGUUGUUUGUCGACUUAGUAACGAAGUAUGCGGCGCGGUGUCGGAGGACAAGCGCCUCACGCCAAAUGGAAUUUCGAAUGCACCCCCGCCGUCCAGCCAACAUCGGCAUUUAAUUAGCCACGUGCCAACUGGAGGCGAUCCUUUGCUCUGC